GGCUCUGGUUGAGUCACUUCUGGAGCCUUUGUCCACCCAUUUAUCCAUUCGCGCCUCCGUGAUGGCCACGAUCUUCCGGAGGUCGUGGGCUUCAGGACCUGGGACCUUAGAGGCUGUGAGGGAUAGCUGAAGUGAAGGGACAGAGCAUCGGACCUGUUCUCCAUCUGGAAUCGAUUUUGCAUGGUGUCAGGAGUCAAGGUACAUUUUUUUCCCAUAUGGAAAUCCAGUUGGCUCACUAUUGUUCAUUGAAAGAGCACAGACACACCGGCUGUCUACUGAUGGAGUUCAUCAGUCAGUGUGAGGGCGCGUUGCCUGAAGAUGUGACUCUGUUCCCUCUCGCCCUGAGGACAAGGCAGGGCCACCGCACGAUGCAACAACAUGCCGACCUCCAUGGAUUCCCGAAACACAGAGGACAAAGUAUGGACCAUCGUGUCUCACGAUUUGCAGACACAGACGGCGGUGGUGCGCUACAACCCAGAAGAAUACUCAGCUCAUUUUCAGCGCCUCCAUGUGGGCAGGAUGUCACCUAUUUCUGCAAGAUGUCGAGGUUGUGGAACCCCCCAGACAUCAGCUGUGCUACACGCGGAGCAGGGGUGGUCAAUUCAACGCCAGUCACAACGGCCCCCGAGCAUAGGAGGCAAGGCUGAAGCUGCCCCGCUGCCCUGACUGAGGAGGGCUGGUCGUGGUGUGAAAAUCAGGACCAGGGACCCGCUGCAGUGGGUCCAUGGAGCACAGACCCUGCUGCCCUGGCAUGAGGCCCAGGGCGUCUCCCAGAGCACCUCAUCUCUCAGCCCUCAUCUGCUGGGCAGGGCUUCGUGGGCCACCCCUACAGGGACAGCUGUGGGUCCAGUCCUGAGGUCACCAGAGGAGGCCCUGCUGGUCCAACCUGGAAGAAUGGCUGGGGGCCUGGCUGUGAGCAACUCAAGCCCAGGAAACUAUGCCCCAGACGUCCGUGGUCUUCUCCAGCAUCCUCGGGCCCAGCUGUAGUGGACAGGUGCAGCCCGGCAUGGGGGAGCGAGGAGGUGGGGCCGGCAGCUCCGGGGACCUCAUCUUCCAAGACGGACGUCUCAUCUCCGGGUCCCUGGAGGCCUUGAUGGAGCACUUGGUCCCCACAGUGGACUAUUACCCCGACAGGACGUACAUCUUCACGUUUCUCUUGAGCUCCCGGGUCUUCGUCCCCCCUCAUGACCUGCUGGCCCGCGUGGGGCAGAUCUGCCUGGAGCAGAGGCAGCAGCUGGAGGCCGGAUCUGAUAAGGCCAGGCUGAAGUCCUUCUCAGCCAAGAUCGUGCAGCUACUGAAGGAGUGGACAGAGGCCUUCCCCUACGACUUCCAGGACGAGAAGGCCAUGGCCGAACUGAAAGCCAUCACCCACCGGGUCACCCAGUGUGAUGAGGAGAACGGCACGGUGAAGAAGGCCAUCGCCCAAAUGACGCAGAGCCUGCUGCUGUCCCUGGCUGCCCGGAGCCAGCUUCAGGAGCUGCGUGAGAAGCUCCGCUCACCGGCCAUGGACAAAGGGCCCAUCCUCAAGGCCAAGCCGCCAGCCGCGCAGAAGGACAUCCUGGGCGUGUGCUGUGACCCCCUGGUGUUGGCCCAGCAGCUGACUCACAUCGAGCUGGAGAGGGUCAGCAGCAUCCACCCUGAGGACCUGAUGCAGAUCAUCAGCCACAUGGACUCUCGGGACAAGCACAGGUGCCGAGGGGACCUGAUGAAGACCUACAGCCUGGAGGCCUACGACAACUGGUUCAACUGCCUCAGCAUGCUGGUGGCCACCGAGGUGUGCCGGGUGGUGAAGAAGAAGCAUCGGACUCGCAUGCUGGAGUUCUUCAUCGACGUGGCCCGAGAGUGCUUCAACAUCGGGAACUUCAACUCCAUGAUGGCCAUCAUCUCUGGCAUGAACCUCAGUCCUGUGGCGAGGCUGAAGAAAACCUGGUCCAAAGUCAAGACGGCCAAGUUCGACGUCUUAGAGCACCACAUGGACCCAUCCAGCAACUUCUGCAACUACCGCACAGCCCUGCAGGGGGCCACACAGAGAUCCCAGAUGGCCAACAGCAGCCGGGAGAAGAUCGUCAUCCCUGUGUUCAAUCUCUUCGUUAAGGACAUCUACUUCCUGCACAAAAUCCACACCAACCACCUGCCCAAUGGACACAUUAACUUCAAGAAAUUUUGGGACAUCUCCAGACAGAUCCAUGAGUUCAUGACAUGGACACAGGUAGAGUGUCCCUUCGAGAAGGACAAGAAGAUUCAUAGUUACCUGCUGACGGCUCCCAUCUACAGCGAGGAAGCUCUCUUCAUCGCCUCCUUCGAAAGUGAAGGUCCCGAGAACCACAUGGAAAAGGACAGCUGGAAGACCCUCAGGACCACUCUCCUUAACAGAGCCUGAAGGCACGGAUGCAGCCUGCAGACGCUGGAUUAAGCACACCUACGUACUGAGUUUUAAUCUUGAGUGAUAUGGGUUGAGAUGAGGCCUCACUGGUUGGGGUCCAUUUUGUACAUAACUUUUAUGAAAAAAAAAAAAAAGUAAUUAUUUCAUGCAUCAACCUUUGGCACUUAAAGCUUUUUGUUUAUGACAGGGCAGGGCCCUGCUUUGGGGAGGGGUGGGGAAAGAGUAUCAUGGGA